UUUAGAAACUUGCACAAGUGUUCGGUUUUUAGUACCACCUUCUCAGGUGGGAACAGGGCAUAUGUUUAGAAAAAUAGGUCAUUGAUAAUAAAUGUGAAAUGUAUGUCAUGACGGAACAAUCUAGGACGGCUGUCAUUGUCUGCUACCUGUCCAUCAGUUACUAUGUUGGUUUUUGUGGGGCUGCUUCUCGUCUUUGUGGUCGCGGACACUGCCCCGCCUACGCCUCUCGAAAUGACCCUAAAGUCGGCGUACAGACAGGAGGGAUUUGAGUUUAUUCAGAAGCUGAUAUCCAACAAUGACAGUAUACACCAUCACAAGCGGGCGUCCUUCAAACACAAGUACGUAGGACUCGGAGGGAGGAUACAGGGAACUCGGGGGUCGGGUUCAUGGCUGGACAUCGAGGCUACAACAUCAGUCAGUGAAUCGGCACAUCAAAGGGCCGCCUCCAUCGCCAGUCGUAUGACUAUGUACAUGUCCUCGUCAAUCUUCUCAACGCUGGCCCGAAACGCAAAAGUGGGCGUGUUCACCCGUGCGGACACACUUACGGUUUUUCCCGAAUACUAUUCUCUCAGGGACACUACAGCUUGUCGAGGAUCAUGUUCUGGAAGUUGCGCACACACUUGUACCUUCGAUGGGCGGAAGUAUGCAAGCUUGGCCGGUACUGGCGGAGCGGUGGGAUGCAUAGUCGACGAUAACAUUCUAUGUGACUCCAACGACCCCUAUCGUCACCAGGCCAACAUGCUCGUGCACGAGUUUGCCCACACUGUUAAACUUUAUGGUAUACCAUCUUCUAUCAAAUCACAGAUCACGGCCGCCUACAACCACGCAAGAUCUAACCGAAUUUGGGACCUAAGUGUAUACGCAAUGUCGACGGAGGAAGAAUAUUGGGCGGAGUCCUCUCAGGUCUACUUUAACGUGGAGAAGCUCACCUACACAACCGGAGGAAUGAACACUUGUGGACACAGUGGCUUUUGUACCAAUGAGCAGGACUCUCGUUAUUACUUGUACACAAAGGACGUACAACUGUAUAACGCGCUAACUACCGUGUACACAAACAAUCACCCUGAGCGACACAGCAAUCUCGCCACCUGCAUGUAAAUCAGCACCUAGUGCUCGUAUUCGUGAAGCAUUGAACUGUGUAAAAAACUUUUGUUUGCAGCCGGCGACAACCGUGUGACAAAAUAAAAUAAAUGUAAAUUGUAUACAGUAAAAUUUUUAUUCGGCAUCACGACUCUUUAAAUCACCGGAACAAGAAUCCAUAAUCACCAAAAAGUCUUGCCACUUCUGUAAAAUAAACGUGUUUGGCUUUCCUAUAAUGCUUUCUU